UUCAGCCCCUUCAGCCGAUCAAUAUUCUUCACUUUUCUCCCUAAGAAUGUCUUACUUUUACGGCGGAGGAGGAGGGCAAAGGCAGCCAAAAUGGAAUUAUCAAACAAACCUAGAUCCCAAUUUAUUAGCUACAGUUCGCGAUGAAAUGCUUCGAAAAGAAGAGGAAUAUCGUAAGGAGCAACAGCGAAUCGAAGCCGAACAGAAAAGGUUAACCAGUUAUUUGACACAACUUCAAGCCAUGGUUCGAGAUCUGCCUGGUACAUACAAAAAGAAAUUUACUUAUGAUGUGCUAUCUGGAAUUGCUACUUGUCUUCUGGAUGGCACAGUCUUUGAGAUUGUAAAGGGACUGGAGGACAUCCAACAACUUUCUGAACGAAAUUUGCUCAAUAAAAGAAUGAAAAUAGUAAACUCACAAAAAGCUCAAAGGAUGCAGAUGGCAAAGAAACAGAAAGAUGCCCUUCAAAAAUGUGAACAAAGACCUCAUAAUCUCCCUCUUGUGGAGGCUACAAAUGCUCAGGAAAAGAAGGCUCUAGAAGAGAAGUUAGAAGCAGAAGUGACUCAAGUUGAUCAGAAGGUAGUCUUGGAACUGGACCAGCUAGUUAGUGAUCAACAGGCAACGCUCCAAAGAGCUGGUGUUCCCUUGUUUUCCAUCACAAACAACCCUGAUGACAUUCGACUUCAAAUGUACAUUCUGGAUUUCAUACAGCGACUGGACCACACACCUAGUUAGCACUGUAUGGACUUGAAGUUGAAAUUUUGUGUUCACACAACCCUUACACUUGGAUCACCACAGCCUAUCCAGCACAAUACAGCUUCCAAAUUGCAGUGAUGAAAUCAGUAACAAUACCGUAAUAAAACAGGACGAGUAUAUGAAAUGGUGCUAAACAGUUAUCUAUCUUGUAUUGAACAGAGUAACCUUGCAUAAUUGCAAGGGGUUGUUGUACUGCAGUGACUUUACAGACUUUAUUGCCAGUGACAAGGACUGAUUGUUGUAUAGCAAAUAGGAUGCAGAAAGUUAAAUGAUCUUUGUAACAAGGUCAAGAACAUGACUAGAGGAAGCCCAUGGGCUUCCAUUAAAAAGGUGACCAGUUCAAGCAACAGGAAUGAUAUUUGAAAGUUUGAAAGGAACCCUUUCCAUGUAAAAGGUACUUAAAUUUCCUUGUAGUGACUAAAAUGCAUUUUCCUUGUCGUAGUGUACACUUCCAAAAUAAGUUCUCUUUUUUUUCCAGCUGUAUACCACAAGGGAACUGUAAUAAUUCUAGCAUGUCAGCAUUAAAUUUAGAUCCACCCUUAGUGGUGCUAAGUUUCUAACAGGGUCAACUAUCACCCCAACACUUUUGUAGAAAGCCCUGGUUGGGAGUAUCAGAAAAGGCAACAUGAUUAGCCGACAGUUCCAUCUCAAACAAACAAGGUGUAAAAGUGCCAACAUGCUUUCCAGUCAACCAAAUUCCUGAAUUGUGAUAAACUUGCCAAGGGAUGCUCUCCAAGACAUGCAACAAUAUAAAGAAGUGGGCACCUUCCCAUCAACGAAGUUCUGAUUUGAGUUUUCAGAAAUUUGCAGUGGCAAAUGGAACAGCAUUUUCCAGAAUUCCCAGAAAAGAGAACAACCUUGUGAGGUACCGGUAUACCCAAAUUUUCAGGAAUCUGUGACUGGGAAUUAUUGUUUCCUUUGAUUUUCCACCCAGAAUUUAUGAAAUUUUCAGUUGAAUGGUUCACCUUUUUUUAAGAUUUUCCAGAAACUUUCAAGGAAAUUUUUGUGCCAUUUUGCUCCUGUUUCAAAAUUUCCGUAAAAAUCUAGUUGAACGUAAAGCACCCAGUGCCAUUGCUAUGUCAAGCUGGGGAUUCCUCGGAUUAAACCAUACCUAAAUCAAAUUUGUUUAAAUGAUUUUCAAAUCAAUUUUCCCAAACUUGUAAAUAAAUAACUCCACAAAAAAAUGCAUUCAAAUUCAUUCCUUUGAGUAAUAUCUUUUAUUUAUUUAUGGUAAACGUGGUGUACUGUAUGGUCUAUUACAAGUGCUUUUAACCUCAAUUUUCUAAAAAUCAAGCAAUAUCUUGACAAAUGUCAAGCAUACAAAUCUUUGAUAACAUGCAUGAAUCUUGGAAAUAAAAAGAGACUAAGUGCAACUGGGACAUUUCAUCUAUGGUUGAAACUGUUCUUGCUAUUAAAAAUAAGCCAAAAUUAACUAAAUCUUACAACUGUUACAAAAUCAAUUUCUUGAACAGACAUCAAUCUAUAUGGUGCAUUGUCCACCAAGAUUCAAGAGCAUGUUUUAAAUACAUGUUACAGAUGUAUGUGGAAUGAACUGGAGUUAAAUAAUUAUGUUAAUAUGUUCACAGAGGUUUAGUAACGUUAAGAAAUAUUUCACAAUUGGGUAAGAGUGUAAUUGAUAAAAAUGAAUACCAUGUAGCACUUUUAUUUUGCAGGGUUUAAGUUUUGUGAUUUUGCGGAUGGUACUUGAUCCGCAAAAAUAAGUUGCAGCGGAAAAAAAAACCCAGCAAAAUUAAUAACCGCAAAAAUUUACUCCCAUUAGUACGUUGUACAACUGGCUUAUCGUUGACUGAAAUGUCUGAGAAGCACAGACUGUUGCUUUACCUAAGAAAGUAAUAAAAGUUGUCAAUAUUACAUUUCCUUCCUUGUUGAUGUCUCGCUGCUUGAAAAGGAAACUGCAAAACUUAGUUUCCAGCAGAAAUUUCAGUCAACACAUGCCACAAAAAUUUGCUCCAGCAAACCUCAAAGAAUUGCCAAUCCACAAAAUAAAAGUCCUGCAAAAAUUUCAUGCUACACAGUAUAUCACAACCAUAAAGGUUACUUUGAGUUUACUUUAAUUUGUUACCCGGAGGUUGAAAGAAAAUGAUAAUGCCCUUUUUGUGUAACAAAUUGUUUUAGUGAAGAACAUGUUUGGAAUU